AUGACCCUAACCCAGAACCAACCCACUAACCCAAUUCCUCAAACCCGAAACCCAAAAACCCAAUCCCAAUCUUCUUCAUCUUCCAGAAGCGGCAUGAAAUUAAUCGUGCCACUUCAAGGUGUAGUUCAAGGUCGCAGCGGUUUUCUCCUCGGUAUUUCAAUUCCUUGUGCUCUCUUUUACUUUCUUCAACUUUACCUCAAACGACGUCGUCCUAAUCCUAACCCUUCUUCUCCUUCUUCAUCUUCUUCUCCGACUCUUCUUCUUCCUCGGUCUUCUUCUCGGUCUAAUUUAUCCUCUCGCGGAUCGAUUUCGCCUGUUCGCCUUUCCAAACUCGCUGCGCUUUUAUCUAAGCCUGAUGAUUCUCUUUAUUAUCUUGGCUUGGAGAGGGUUGCGCAAGAUCCUUAUGAUGUUUCUGCUAACCCUAAUGGGAUUAUUCAGCUAGGCUUGUCGGAUAAUAAGUUGUGUUUUGAUUUGAUUGAGAAAUGGUUGGUGAAGAAUUUGGAGGGAUCAAUGAUGGGGAAUGGGGAUAUGAAUUUGAGUAUUAAUGGAAUUGUGCCUUAUCAACCUCAUCAUGGAUUGAAUGAAUUGAAAAUUGCCUUGGCAGAUUUUAUGCGUCAGGUUAUGGGAGGAUCAGUGGAAUUUGACCCGUCGAAUAUGGUACUAACAUCAGGAGCAACUCCUGCAAUCGAGAUACUAUCCUUCUGCUUGGCAGAUCAAGGAAACGCAUUCCUUGUCCCUACGCCUUAUUAUCCAGGUUUUGACAGGGACGUAAGAUGGCGUCCAGGGAUAGACUUAAUACCUGUUCACUGUCGAAGUACUGACAAUUUCAGCCUAAACAUCACUGCUCUCGAACAAGCGUUUAGUCAAGCAAGAAAACGAGGAGUCAAAGUUCGCGGAAUUCUCAUCUCCAACCCCUCGAAUCCUGUCGGCAAUAUUCUUACGAGAGAUGUGCUUUUCAGUCUUCUAGACUUUGCCGAAGAUAAAAACAUUCAUAUCAUUGCUGACGAAGUAUUUGCAGGCUCCACAUACGGAAGUGAGGAGUUUUUGAGUAUAGCCGAAGUUCUUGAUUCUGAAUACAUUGAUAAAAGCCGUGUUCAUAUAAUAUACAGCCUGUCAAAAGACCUCUCGAUUGCCGGCUUUAGAGUCGGGGUUAUACAUUCGCACAACCAAGCUGUUUUGGAAGCUGCCAAAAAAAUGAGUAGAUUUUCAUCCAUAUCUGCUCCAACACAGAGGUUAGUUACUUCAAUGCUCUCCGAUGAACGGUUCAUUCAGGAAUACAUUGAAACCAACCGGAAUAGAAUAAGACGCAUACACGAUGAGUUUGUGGAUUGUUUAAAUAAACUAGGAAUCAAGUGUGCUAAGAGCAGCGCCGGGAUGUUCUGUUGGGCUGAUAUGAGUGGAUUAAUCAAACCUUAUAGUGAGAAAGGAGAACAUGAAUUAUGGGAGAAGUUUAUCAAUGUUGCAAAGAUCAAUAUAACUCCUGGAUCGGCUUGCCAUUGCAUAGAACCAGGAUGGUUUCGUAUUUGUUUUACAACUAUUUCGUUCGAGGAAAUCCCUCUAGUUAUUGAAAGGAUUAGAAAAGUUGUUGAAAGUUGUAAAUCUUCAAGUUGA